AUGUCAUCAGGAAAAGAAUCUCACAACUAUACCAGGAUCCCUCUUGAAGACGUUUCCAUAGAUCCAGAUAAUACCACUAAUGAAAUACCAUCAACACCACCUCCUGAAUUUGAAGCAGUUGGGUCUAAUUUGAAUCCAGAAAGACGUCAAGCUUCAGAUCUUGAAGUUGAUAUACUAUAUCUUUAUAGAAGAAUCAACGAGUUAACUGAUACUCUUGCAUCGGUAAGAGCUAAUGCUGGUGGAGUUGAUCCUGAAAAUUUAACCCAGAAUAGACCUAAUCUAAAAUUUCUAUUUAUGUAUUUCAGCGGGUUAUUAAUUUUCGGGGUUGGUCUUUACUUUCUACUAAUGUAUCUUGUAAAGAUGUAA